ACUUGGAGCCACUGAGGAAGGAUGUGGGCUUACACUGUUGGGUUCACUGUCCUGCCUCACGUUGGGGGUUUCCUUGGCUGGUUCCUGAAUCGAAAGGAAAUUCCUGCCUGGUACGAGAAGCUGAAGAAACCUUCCUGGUGUCCAUCCCGCAAGAUGUUCCCUAUUGCCUGGACUGUCCUGUACACGGGCAUGGGCUACGCCUCCUACUUGGUGUGGAGUGACCUGGGCGGCUGCAGCAGCAAAGCCAUUGUUCCACUGGGGCUCUACGGGGCUCAGCUGGCCCUCAACUGGGCCUGGCCCCCCUUCUUCUUCGGUGCCCAGAACCUGAACAUGUGGCCACAAGUCAACCCCACUGUAGUGCAGAAGAUGGCAGAGAAGCAGGAGGAGCCCAGCAAUGCCCAGAACGGGGAACCCGACAAUGCAGAGGAGGGCGAGGGCAAGAAGAAGAAGGUGAAGAGGGAGGACCUGCCACCGUUUGAAAUCGUGACAGGGGAGCGCCUCCCAGCCAUAUUCUUCAAAUUCCAGUUCAGGAACGUGGAAUACAGCUCCGGCAGGAACAAAACCUUCCUGUGCUACGUGGUGGAGACGCAGGGCAAGGAGUCGGCGCCGUGCCGGGGGUACCUGGAGGACGAGCACGCGGCCGCCCACGCCGAGAUGGCCUUUCUGGACACGGUCCUGCCGCGGUGCGAGGCGGGCGCGCGCUGCACCGUCACCUGGUACGUGUCGUCCAGCCCCUGCGUCAGCUGCGCCCAGCGCAUCGCGGACACCCUGCGCAGGAACAAGGCCCUGCGCCUCACCAUCAUGGUGGGCAGGCUCUUCAUGUGGGACGAGCCCGAGGUGCAGGCCGCGCUCCGCAGCAUGAAGGAGGCCGGCUGCAAGCUGAGGAUCAUGAAGCCUCAAGACUUUGAGUAUGUCUGGCAGAACUUUGUGGAGCAGGAGGAAGGGGAGGAGGUGAAGUCGUUCGUGCCGUGGGAGGACAUUCAGGAGAACUUCCAGUACUACGAGGAAAAGCUGGCUGAGAUCCUGCACUGAGCUCACGACCUGCUCAGAGAUCUAUGAAGAGAAGUGACAGACCUGGACACCUGGGACACUCCACUUCCCAAAGCUUUGAUUCCAGCAGGGUGGAGAACCAGCUUCUGGAAGACAAAGCCCUGUGGGACUAUGAACACAGACCUUUGGUGUUUGGGAUUUUUUUGGGUGUAUUUUGUUCCUCCCCCUCCCUGCCCCAACCAAACCCAUGCUGUGGUGAAAGGGAUGGCAGUGACCCACAGGACAGGCUGUGGGAUCGCAUUCUGGGAAUACUUCAUGGGAAAAGAUCUUA